AUCAUAUAUAUUAUAAAUCUUUCCUGAGGGACAUUUCAGUGACUUAUAAGAGUUUCAUCUGGUCAAACUACUCAUCUGCAGUCAACAAUACAACUAUGAAGAGAUUAGUUUGAAGAGCAAUAACAAGUAAGUUAAGUACUUUUUAAAUGUAUCGAGAAAGAAGAUAAAAGUAUUGGAAUUAGUUUAAGGGUUUUAAACCAAAAUCAGUGAGAAGGCUUGGAAUAAACUUCUACUUUCAGCAUCUCAGAUGUAGAGACAAUUAAAAGCCAGUGUUAUAAGUCCUAAAUUCUCUAGACUUGGAUUUAUUUUAUUUGCUGUUAAUUGGAUAUCAGAGUUGGUCCCUACUGAAUAUUCUGUAAAGGAUUUCAAAAUAACUGAAAUAAAUUGUCCACAAAAUUUUAGUGAAGGUAACAUUAUUGUGUAGCUCUUUCCACUUCCCUUUUCUCUCCUUUUCACCUUCCUUUUUGGAUCAGUGUAUGUAAGAAAAAGAUUACAGUAUAGAAAGAGGUUUUAGCAAAAUUAAAUAUGUAGAACUUUAUAUCCUUCUCCUGUAACCUUCAUAUGAGUUGAAAGGGACAGAACAGACUCUUCACACCACAGUGCACUAGUUUGGGGCUUUUAGUGAGCAUCACAAGAGGUCACUUCUAUGAAUAGCAACAAUAGCAUCAAAAGCCACAAGCAUCUAAAACUGAAUUUGGUGAAAAGAUUUAAAAAUUAUUUAAGUUAUUUGAUUUAAUGACAAUUUGACCAGACACAAUGGUCAAGGUUUUGGCUUUAUAUAAUCAUGAUCCUCAGUGAUAUUUAGCACUGAUACUAGUAGCAAUUAUUGCUCCUGUCUUCCAUUUGGACAGCCAGAUCCUUUUAAAAUGUAGCUUCCUUAGCUGAUUUUUUUAAGCACUGUAAUAGUCUUGACUUGUACAAUAAAGUGCAAUAAGGAAGGAGCAGAAGAGGGUGCAGAGGUUUCCCCAUGUGUCUGUCUAUCCGAAACCACCAGGGGGGACUAAUUCCUCAUCUAUAUCUUUACUGCAGCAAGUGUCUGAAAAAAACACCUAUGCUUGAACCAGGUCUAGAAAGUCACUGAGGUUCAGUAGAGGGUUGUCUUCGUUUAUAUUAAGAGAGCUUUUAUCUAAAAUCUUAUAAUUUGCAGUGCUCUUUCCAGUCUGUGUGCAGCAACGCCAGCACAAGUCUGGCCACGGAGGGAUGCACGUUCAGCUGCGUAACCGUGUCUAUCGGUAGGGUACGGUCAGUACCGUCUCAUGACUUCUUCAAACUGGCCUGUGACUUGUGCUAAGUCUAGUGGACUGCCAGAAGACUCAGCAGAGAGCCUGGCUUGGCUUCUUACUGCUUAAACUCACUCCAUACCAGUGACCAUGGCUUUGUGAUUGAAAGGAAUAUUUUUUGACUGUGCGGUGCACAAGGCAUCUCUUCUUUAGUGGCUGCUUAAUCACUCCUUUGUGGCUGUCUCACUACUCCAUUCUUUUUCCAACUAUUACAGCCUUUCCUGAUUUAUUUCAACUUCACUGCAUUAUUUUACUAUUUUUAAGCAAGAUUUGGCCAUCUUGAAACAAAACUGUGUUAUUGCUAUGAUCACAAAGGGUUCAAAUAUUUUUAGUAUCCUGUUAAACAACAACAAAAAUCUGCGUGUGAAGUAUGUACUCUGGAGAUCUGUCAGGAAAGUUGUAUAAUUUUGAGUUUCUACUUAAAAGCCGAAUGCUAGAAGUUCCUUUAAAUUUUGAACUCUGUCAGGCCAGUGGGAUUCUUCUUGUGGUCUAUAGAAAGAUUUGGAAAUACUGAGGAGAAUUCUCUAGCCACGUUAAUUUUUCAGUUUUUUAUUUUGUGAAGUAUAACAUGUAUGAACUCAUUAGUUGGUGCUUUCAGGCACUUGUAAUUGAAUUCUCACCUUCCUUAACUAGUCUGGGAACUCUCCCCAUCUUCUGGGCGCAGUCAGUCAUAGUUUUGUGCGUGUCAUUAUUCUGAAAUUAUCUUUUGUGUUGCAUGUUCAGACUUCUGAAAACCAAUUUCCUAAUAUUUUACUAUUUUACCUUUUUAAUAUAUAAAAUAUUACUCUGGUAUAUACAGAAUUGUGAGAAUAAAAGCUUUUAGACACUGUGAUGGGAAGUGGGAAAAAUCAGAACGAUAGAUUAAGUUAUAUUUGUUGUAAUUUUUAUUGAGUUUCCUGCUUAACACAAACUCAAAUACCUGUGUAUUUUAUAUACUGCUUCUUUUUUUAAAAAAAAACCUAGACAAUUCCUGAUCUAAGAGUAGCCUGCAGAUAUACAUACAAAUCAAAAAGGUAGCUUGUGAGAAAUAAUUUAAUUUCUGUAAGUCAUUCUCCCAUAAAUUCAGUAGUUUUCUAUAUUUUACUAUAGUGAGAAGGAAAAUUUAAUUGUUUCCUGUCAGCUAGAUGGUGAUUGUGCUCUCUUGAUGAGGUAUUAGCCUUUAUUUGAUCUGUUUCUGUAGCUGGGACUAGCAGUAUUGCCAGGUUUGUACAGUAAGUGCUGACCCAGUUUGAUCAACAUAAUUGAUAUAACAGAUACAGGUAAAAUGUGUUAUUCUUUGUGUAAUGCACUAACAGACAGAAAUAAGGGGAUGUAUCUAAAGUGCUUUAAGAGUUUUUGUUUCAGUGUCUCAAACUUGAGUAUCAAAAUCUGCAACCUGGAACGUUUUCAGCAUCCCAGGAUGAAAUCAGGUUGUAAACUAUCUUCAGUUGUGACAGAUAGAUUCUGUGUUCUUAUGUGAAACAUCCCAAUCAAAAUUUGACUGCUUUUGUUAGUAAUUGACUAAUAUUCGGGGUCCACCUCAAUCCAGCCUUUGCACGGCUCUGUGCUCUUGGGCAAAACAUACAGUGCUGCUUCUCCAACAGAGACUGUGGGGAAGUCUGGGAGAAGGUCGCAGAGACGCUCUGGUAGGCAAAUGUAGGAAUUAUCAGUUGUAAUUUUAUGGAUUUUUAAGUUUUCUCUCCCUUAGAAAAAUAACUGUGAUAGAUACAGCUUUGAAGGUGGUAGCUGUCAUCAUGCAGGACAUCAGUGGUUCUACUCAAUAACAUGUCAGAUGGUUGCGUUCAGCUCCAUUUGGAAAUAUAUCAUCUAAUUACACUCCUCCAAAUUUCUAGUGUGUUCUUAAAGCACAGUGAGCUUUGUGAGAAAUUAUUAUGAAAGCUUAAUAAGAGUUGCUGACUACAUAUUGGUAAAAGAGUGGUCUUGGUUUUCAUCAAUUUUUCUUUUCUUUAAUAGGUACAGGAAACUCUGUGUUUGAAUUUAUGCCUUUAAAAAUGUUACACCUGAUGACUCAACUAUACUUGCCCUUUACAUACUUCUGAGUUUUAUUCUGUUAGAUACUGAGCAAAAAAAAGUGAUUAUGUUUGGACUUAUUUUUUUCACUUUAUUCACCUCUGGAGUUGGUGAAUUUCUUUGUAUGUCAUCAGAUCUUGAAAUGUCGUAUACUUUUUGUGAUUCUACAGCUCAUGCUUUUGUGUUUAAUUUGACACCUUGCAGCAUCAUGAAAACAGACAUCUGGAAGGCUACUCUUAACUGGAUUCCAAGAAGUGACAUCACCUUUUUGAAGAUUGUCUUCCAUGUCUGGUACGAUGGUGAAAAAGUGUUUCACUGGAAGCAGCUCCUGUGCAGUGGAAGUGACAAUGAAUACUCAGUGUGUGAAAUGCUGAAAGGAGAAACACUUGUAGAAGAAUUUGACAUUAAAGGUUUAAGAACACAAUUUCUAAAGGGCAAUUAUAAUAUUAUUAUACAAGGAUUCUCUGAUGAUUCUGAGAAUAAUAUGGUCAUAUGCUUGAAUUUCACCAUGAUAGUAAAACAAGAUGUUUACUGAGUGCGACAAACUUUUCAAAUAAUUCAAGAACACUGAGGUCACUUCUGCAAGCAACUGGAAUCCAAGCUGUGAAGUAAUAAGCAAACUAAAUUUCCUGAGGUAGAAUACAUCUUGUGCUGUCUGGAAAGCUGUAUGAUAUAUAAUCUUACUCGUUUAUAGAACUGCUGUAAUCAGAUGCUCAGCCAACAUGCACAAAAUCUCCAGGUAUCAGGCAUUCUGAUUAAUCCACAGAAUAACCCUGACUGGAUGACAGGCUGAGGUCUGCAUUUUGGUGCUGUGCCUUGAGUUAUGAUAAAGUCAAGUUCUUCAGACUGAGCUAAACUAAUCAGGAAGUUUGGAAGUUUUGAAGUGCAAGAAUCAGAAGUUCAUCAGUACUCAAUUUAAAACACAGCGAUUGAAUUUUGGAACCCUGCCAUAAGUUGUUGGGUUUUUUCCUUUUAACAAUAAAACUUUUUUGUACAAUCAA